CUAAACAACCGCCAAGCCACAACACAACACACCUCUCGAGAAGGCCAUUCCUCUUUCAUCCUCCCUCUUCUCUCUCUCUCUCUCUCUCUCUCUCUCAGAACUUGGAUUCGGAACUUCUCAGGUGGAUCAAACGGAACAUCAUGGCGGCUGGUAUGGUCAGAACGGUGAGAGUUGCCAAUGUCUCCUUAAGCGCGACGGAGAAAGAUUUGAGAGACUUUUUUUCUUUCUCCGGUGAGAUUGAAUUUGUCGAAAUGCGAAAGGACAGCGAGCGAUCUCAAGUUGCAUUUGUUACCUUUAAGGAUUCGAAAGGGGCAGAGACAUCGAUUCUACUCUCGGGAGCUACAAUUGUUGAUCAGCCUGUUAGCAUCACUUCUGAUCCGGAUUACAACCUACCUGCUGCUGCUGCCAAAUCCCCUCCAAUGGUGUCUACUCCUAUUACAGAGAACACAGGCUCUGCUACUACUGGAUCUGCAAUGGAAAAGGCAGAAGAUGUAGUUAGCAGCAUGCUUGCCAAAGGCUUCAGUUUGGGCAAAGAUGCCCUCAAUAAGGCAAAGUCUUUUGACGAGAGGCACCAGUUGACAUCGACAGCCUCAUUCAAAGUGGCUUCUCUGGACCAAAAAAUCGGUCUUAGCGAGAAAAUUAGCGUUGGCACAACAGUGGUGAAUGAGCAAGUGAGAAAAAUGGAUGAGAAGUUUCAAGUGUCUGAGAAGACCAAGGCAGCCGUGAGCACUGCAGGAUCAGCGAUAAUGACUAACCGCUAUGUCUCAACUGGGGCUUCCUGGGUCACCGAGGUGUUCCAAAGAGUCGCCAAGACAGCUGUAGAAGUUAGCCAGAAAACAAAGGAGAAGGUCGUUUUAGCUGAGGAUCAAGGGAAAAAUGUGGGAAAUUCUCAAGUCAGGCAGGAAUAAUUGCUGCACUCCAAAUGAGUAAGCCCUGACCAUCUCAAUAUAUAAAUCAUGUAUGUUUGGCCAUAACCAACAUCAGGACCUGUUCUUAGCCUGCUAUUUUCAUCUCAGUUGUCUGAUAUAUAUUAAUAAUAAUGCUUUAUUUUUAGUUUAGUAUUAGGGAGUACACAAACAAGCUACAUGCUUAUGUUGUAAUUCAACUGUAAGAAAAGCAUAUAUAAUAUGCUAUGUGAUAAAGGUAUCCAUAAAUGGAAAAAAAUAGCACUUCUUUAUUUCUAUUAUA